AUGGCGUCAAGACAACAAGCUUCGUUGCUGAGGAAUCAGGAUGACGAGGAACGAGACUAUGACAUGGCACUUCGUAAUUUCCAGAGCGGUGCCUAUCGCGACUGGCCCAAUGAAGCAGGUUUUGAGGGCCUUGGUGAAGAACGAGGUCCCGUUGAGGUUCCAGUUUCAGGAUACAUUCCCCUGUGGGCAAUUGGCAGUCUCUAUCGCACAGGGCCGGGCAUCUACACCAUCGAUGACACUCCCAAAGGAACAUACCGCACCGAGCACUGGUUUGAUGGCCUGGCGCAUACUCACCGCUUCGACAUUACCCCCGACCCCGAUAAUGAAAGCAAAGUCAAAGUAUUUUAUUCGUCUCGUCGGCAAUCGGACCAUCUCGUCGAACACAUUAGGAAAACUGGAAGCAUGAAGUACCUCAGCUUUGGUCAGAAGCGCGACCCUUGUCUCGGAUUGUUCUCAAAGGUUAUGGGGAUGUGGCAAGCUGCGAUGAUCCCUCACGGGGAGAAAUGGAUGGAGAAUGUCAGUGUGGCUAUUUUGCCGAACCCACCUGGACUGGAAUCGGAAUCAGGCAAUUUGUUGGGCAACAAGACUACGGUCGGGAGGGCACCCCAGUCAGGGGGCCACCGAGUCCCUCUCCCCCAAAGUGUGUGGGCAACAACUGACAAUAAUCUAAUGAAGCAAAUGGACCCUGAAACCCUAGAGCCCAUCGGCUUUGCAACACAGUCGGCGUUUCACCCCUCACUCAAGGGGCCUCUUUCAUGCGCCCAUCCACAAAGAGAUCCCGUGAACGGCGACAUCUACAACUUUAAUCAAGACUUUGGAAGAGAGACUGUCUAUCGAGUCUUUUGCGUCAGCGCAUCGACGGGCCAGACCGAAAUCAUUGCCGAGCUGAGGGGAGAAGGUGUGCACGCAGCCUAUAUUCACAGUUUCUUUCUGACGCAGCACUUUGUUGUCCUUUGCAUUCCAGCGUCGCAUAUCGGAUGGGGAGGAGUCAAGAUCCCUUGGGCCGGGAAUAUCGUCGACGCCAUGGAGCCUUUUGAUGAGUCCAAGAAGAUGAAGUGGUUUGUAGUUGACCGCACCAACACAAAAAGAGGGAUUGUGGGACGGUUUGAGUCCGACGCGGGCUUUUUCUUCCAUUCGGUGAAUGCAUUCGAAGAGGAUGAUGGCAGACGGAUCGUUUGUGACAUGAUGCGGUAUCGGAACCUCGACGUCAUUCAGAAGAUGUACUGCGACGUUAUAUUGCAGAGGGAUGGAGCUACCGAGCGGUUUUGGGAACUUGAGGAGAGGGCGAAGGGAUCAAUGCUUAGCCUCACAAGGUUUUCCCUAUAUCUGGAACAGAGCAAUCCGACGGGAUUUGUGCCGGUUGAGAAAAUAUUUGCAAUACCUGCUCCGCACGCGGGAGAAUUGCCAACAAUCAAUCCGCUCUUUGCGACACGCAAGCACCGAUAUAUCUACAGCUUGCCUUAUCAGGGCAGGAGCACCAUGAUGGAUGGAAUUGUCAAGACAGACACACAAACUAGGGAGGUUCUGUUUUGGGAUAUUCCAAAGGGACACAGUCCUGGCGAAGCUAUCUUUGUACCGAGACUACCAACAGGUUCCAACACCGAGCAAGAAGAGGAUGACGGAGUGCUUUUAAGCAUUAUUCUUGAUGGGUUUGACAAAACAAGCUACCUUUUGUGUUUGGAUGCAAAGACAAUGAAGGAGCUAGGACGUGCCGAGCUUGCAUUUGCGAUUGGGCUGGGAUUUCACGGUGUGCAUGUUACUGCAAGUAGUAAAGAGAUAGAGAGGGUGACUGGAUCUUUUACGCGAACAUAG